UUUCCGACCAAAAUGAAUAUUUUCUUGCGGAACUAACUACCUGUUUGGCUGUUCACCCGAUCUUUUUUGUAACAGGACUUAAAUGAGUAGUUCCUGUGCCGCUUCCCGCAAACAUACGGAGGCUUCAGUUGUUGUCGGAUGUCUCAGCCAGCUCUGGUUCUAGCCUCCCUUCAAGUGUGAGUCCAGCGUGUCUUUGAUCCAUCAUUAUGAUGCGUUACUGGGGUGAGAUCCCAGGACCUGCAGGGGCUCCUCCCAGUCGCAGCUCCUUUGACUUGCUCCAGCGUGAGUUUCGCUCUGUGGAGAUGCAGGACCCUCCACUGCACCAGCCCUCAGCCCAGCGUCCGCGGCCCACCACGAUGCUGGACAUCCCCUCAGAGCCGUGUAGUCUCACCAUCCACACAGUGCAGCUCUGCCAGCAUGCCCGUCGCCUCCGAGGUCUUUUGGCAUCGGCCCAGUCCCAGGCUCAGGGUCAGAGCUCAGCGUCCUCUGAGGGUGGCAGCAGGCUGGAGGAGGCUGACGCCAGCCUGCCCUUACGUCCUCCCACCCCACCUGUCAUGCCAGAUGAUCUGCUUCCUGCGGACAGCAAAACCCCCAGGCAGCCCUUUCAGCUCCGCCACAGCGAUCCUGAAAGUGACUUCUAUAAGGGUAAAGGCGAACCUGUUACAGAGCUGAUUUGGCCCUCCUGUCGGCAGCUUCUUUAUCAGUCAGUAGCCACCAUUCUGGCCCACGCUGGCUUCGAGUCUGCUCAGGAGUCUGUGCUGGAGACCCUGACCGACCUGGUCCAUGAGCAUUACCUGCGUCUCACCCGCCUGCUGCGGGUGGCAGUGGACCGGGAGGCUCGACUGGGGGCCAGUCCCUUCCCAGAUGUAGUGGAGCAAGUGUUCCAUGAGGUGGGCAUCGGCAGUGUACUUGCCCUCCAACGCUUCUGGCAAGUGAGGAUCAAGGACUACCACAGCUACAUGCUGCAGGUCAGUAAGGAUCUGUCGGAGGAAUACGAGCGACUGGUGAAUCCAGAGAAAGCUCUGGAGGAUUCUAAGCCCCUGAGGAUCAAGGAGGAGCCCAUGAGUGACAUCUCCUUUCCUGUUAGCGAGGAGCCAGAGGCUGAUCUGGCCUCUGGGGACCAGGCUCUGCCCAUGGGGGUCCUUGGAGCCCAUGCUGAAAGGCUAGCUUCUGGACUGGAUGGUGAUCAUUCUCCUCAUGCCUCAGGUGGAGGCGGUGCCAACAACUCCCCUCUGUGGCCUCAGGUAAAAAUGGAGCCGCAGGAUGGCGACGAGGGCCAGGCUGGUGGCCACCAUCACCAUCAUCACCACCACCACGGGGUCCUGGGCGGAGACGUGUUCGAGGAAGGGGGGCCCAUGUCCACCAUGAGCGAGUCGGGAGGAGCCAUGGCACCCUCACCGGGUGGGGCGGCGUCAGACACCAGCUACCCGUCACAUUCACCCGACUCCCUGAUGGGGUCCUCGCCAGUCUUCAACCAGAGACCCAAGAAGAGGGCGAAGAAGAUGUGAUGCUGUGUUUAUGGGUGCAAGAAGCUCAAGGAACUGACUCUGAACUCAGCAGCAGGUCUUUCACUUUAGUUAUCAUUCAGUUAAAAAAAAAACAAGGUUCUGACCUCGUAGGGAAACACACCAGCUGUGCAGUGUUAACUGUCAUUCAACCUUAAUAUCAUGAAUGAACUGAACUGAUGGGGGGAUGUUUUGUAGUUUUUCAUGUUUGUUUCUAUGAGUAUAGUUUCUAUCAAAUAUUUGUUAUUUGCUACUAAAUAUAUUAUAGGAAUUUAUCGUCAAAAGAAUAAACAUCUUCUGAAGCACCA